CCGCGAGAUGACCAGGUGUCUCCCGAACAUGUCUCCUUUCGCCAUGAAACUGGAAAUGUGGCUUCGUAUGAACGACAUACCACAUGAGGUAAUAGACCACAUCGGAUUCUCCAGGAAAAAGCAAAGUCCCUUUGUCAUGUUUAAUGAGGAGGAAAUACCGGAUUCUAACUUCAUCGUGGAGACACUGGCGACGUAUUUCAACAAAGAACUUUAUCCCAGCGUGUCCCCAGAGCUCAAGGCGGUCGGGAUAUCGUUCUUAAAAAUGGUGGAGGAAAAUUCAAUCUGGACCAUAUUUCUGUAUCGCCAUGUUCACCACCAGGCGGAUUAUAAGAAGUAUGUGAGAUAUAAUGAGGUAGAUGAAGUGAACGAAGCGAUUGGAGCCGACAUCGGGAACAAUUUGAAGGACCGAGCUUGGAAACAUGGCAUUGGUCGCCAUAGUAACGAAGAAAUUUACAAGAUAGGCUGUGACGACGUUAGGGCUAUUUCAAACUUCCUUGGAACAAAGACAUAUUUCCUCGGGGAUUUCCCAACAUUGAUUGACUGUACGCUGUUUGGAUUCCUGACCCAGAUCACAUGUGUCCCGAUGGACUUUCCGAUGAUGCAGGUUAUCCGGGAAGAAUGUCCGAACAUUCUGGACUAUGUCGAUAGACUGAAGGUCCAGUUCUGGCCCCACUGGGAUGACCAGAAAAUAUGACAACCAACCUGAGAGAAUCUAAUACUGAUUUGACUUGAAUCGAUAUGGCGAAUGUCAUCGAUGAAUCAGACGGCGGUCGCCCUUUAGAUCACGUGGUCUAUUUCUUCAUGUCCAAGGUCCUCCAUGGAAAUGUAUAGUUUGUUAAUAUUUCGUUCGUUUUAUCGAUUUUAACAGAAAAUAAAUUUACAAUUCAACA